AUGGUCAAAACCUCCGUUCUCAACGAUGCUCUCAAGAGCAUCAACAACGCCGAGAAGGCCGGCAAGCGCCAAGUCAUGAUCCGACCCAGCUCCAAGGUCAUCAUCAAGUUCUUGUCUGUCAUGCAGAAGCAUGGCUACAUUGGCGAGUUCGAGGAAGUUGAUGACCACCGAAGCGGCAAAAUUGUCAUCCAGCUCAACGGUCGUCUCAACAAGACCGGUGUCAUCUCCCCCCGCUACAACGUCCAACUUCGUGAUCUGGAGAAGUGGGUUGUCAAGCUGUUGCCGUCUCGUCAAUUCGGGUACAUCGUCCUGACCACCAGCGCCGGCAUUAUGGACCACGAGGAGGCCAGGAGAAAGCAUGUCUCCGGAAAAAUCAUUGGGUUUUUCUACUAG